AGGAGAAAAUGGGGGCAUCAGAGUCACAUGCAAGAGCUCAAUCCGAUCCAGAUAUUAGAGAGAGAGACCUGGAGAGAAGAGAGAAAGAACUGAAGCAAAGAGAAACAGAACUGGAUAAAAGACUGAUGGACCAGCAGAGAACACAGAUGUGCUGGUUUAUACGUCAAAUACUGGGGAAAAAAGAGAUGGAACAAGAUUUUUUAGAGCCAGAACAGGAGAAAACAGCAAUGGAUCCAGAUAUUAAAGUGAGACAACCAGAGAAAAGAGCAAUUGAACCUAUUAUUACACAGAUAGAACUGGAUAGAAGAGCGAUGGAACUGGAUAGAAGAGCGAUAGAACUGGAUAGAAAAGUGAUAGACUUGCAUGCAGAACUGAACAGAAGAGCGAUGGAAAUGGAUAUUAGACAGAGAGAAAUUGAGAAAAGAGCAGAGAAAAGACAGACUGAACUGGAUAAAAGACUGACGGAACUGCAUGUAAGGCAAUAUAACUUGUAUAAAAGAGACAGAGAAGCAAUGGAACUGGAUGGAACAGAGAUAGGACUGAAGAAAAGAGUGACGGAACCAGAUAUUAGAGAGAUAGAAAUGGAGAGAAAAGAGAUGGAACCAGAUAUUAAAGUGAUCGAAAUGGAGAGAAAGGAGAUGAAAUUAGAUUUUAAAGAGAGAGGACUGGAUAUUAGAGAGAUAGAACUUGACAGAAGAGAGAAUGAAAUGGAGAAAAGAAAGUGUGAAAUGGAUAGAAGAGAGAGUGAAAUGGAGAGAAGAGAGAGCGAAAUGGAGGGAAAACAGAGCGAAAUGGAGGGAAGAAUGAGAGAACUGGAGAAAAGAGCAAUGCAACUGGAAAGAAGAGAAAUGGAUCUCCAUUGGGAACUGAAAAGAAGAGUGAUGGAAAUGGAUAUUAGACAGAGAGAAAUGGAGAAAAGUGCAGAGAGAAGACAGACUGAACUGGAUAAAAGACUGAUGGAACUGCAACUAAGGCAAUAUAAAGAGUAUAUAAGAGACCAAGAAGCCAUGGAACUGGAUGGAAGAGAGAUAGGACUGAAGAAAAGAGUGACGGAACCAGAUAUAACAGAGAUAGAAAUGGAGAGGAAAGAGAUGGAACUGGAUAUUAGAGAAAGAGUACUGUAUAUUAGAGAGAGAGAACUGGAUAGAAGGGAGAGCGAAAUGGAGAGAAGAAACACCGAACUGGAGAAAAGAAAGUGUGAACUGGAUAGAAGAGAGAGUGAAUUGGACAGAAGGCCUGACGGAAUGAAACCUGUUCGAAGUAGCAGCAAUGAGUUAGACCUUUCUAACAGUAAGAACUAUGUUAUUUAUGCACAGUUUGAUUUAUGCAUGUGAUGAUAGAAGAUCAUGAAAUUAUUAUAAUUUAAUUUGAUACACCAAACUUGACAUUUAUUUUGAGGUCAGACCACAGACAGGACCUCCUAAAAUGAGAUAAUGAACAGUUUUAUCAAAUCAUUAAUCUGCAUAAUGAUGACUACAUCUCAAGAAGACUUACUCAUUGUUGGGAGCAACAUGCAUUAUGUCAUCAGAUUUAUAUUUUUGAAGUAAUAUGUAAACUAACAUGCAUUUUAAAUUUACACUCUAAUACCUAAUUAUUGAAUAGAUAAGUAGCACACAUACAUUACACAUUCAUAUAACCACUGUGCUGUUACGUAGACAUAUGCAAUGCAUGCUUUGAGACAAAUAGUGAGGAUUUUCCCCUCUGUUUCCAUUCUAGACUAAUAAUUUAAUCUAAUGAAAUAAAAAGUAUUUGUAAACACUAUAUGGUGCUAUAUACAUAUUUGAAUGCAAAGUAAUAGUAGAAAAAUAAUGUAACAUUACAUUUAAAGGGGUCAUACACUGAGAAACAUCUUGGUUACGUAUGGUAACCCUCAUUCCCUGAAGGAGGGAACGGAGAUGUCACAUCGGGAUUGGGAUCCCUACCAAAGCGCCAUAGGUGCUGCCCCUUCCAGAGCUGUCUGUGCUCCUAUUUGGUGUAGACCGGGGCUCGGAACAAGUAGUUCCACUUAGGGAUCAGGGGCUAUUAAGAUGGGAGCAGAAAUGAAGCGGCUCUUGAGGUUGGAAAAUACAGUUUCAGCUGUAUAAGACCACCUGAACGUAGUACUGGGGGAGGUCAAGGCAGUCAGAGGUGAGACUAGUUGGCUGAAAUUACGAAUCUGGACUUAGCCAAUCUAUCACAGCCUUAACCUUGUCAGGAUCCAUAUGUAUUUCCUCAGACGAGACUAUGUACCCUAGGAAGGGAACAGACUGUGCAUUUAAUACGCAUUUCUCCACCUUGACAAAAAGACCAUUCUCUAGUAA